GUAGCUUAACAGAAAUAGCUGCUUGGCACGGCGUCCAACCCCAGCCUCCUUUUAUCAACCGAAAAAAAAUAAUAUGCGAUAGCACUACCAUGAGAGAGGUGAUAACAAAGUGUCCUUGGCGCCUUUAAAACACAAACAAAGAUGGAGGACGACCUGGCGUCGGAGGAUGACAUCUUGCUGUGGUCAGAAAAGGAGUUCCACGAUGCUGCGAAGAGGAACGACCCCGAGAAAAUGCAGGAACUGAUCAAGAAAGGUGUGGACGUCCAGGCCAAAAAUAAAAUAGACCGUAAAGCCCUGCACUGGGCAGCAGGAGCUGGGAACGAAGAGGCUCUACGUCUCCUACUGGGCCAUGACCCGGAAGUUGAUGAGAGGGACGCUUUUGGCAUGAAUGCUCUGCUUCUGGCAUCGUGGUUUGGUCACCUAAAAGUCCUGCAGAUCCUGGUGUCCUGUGGAGCAAAGCUCAACUGUGAGAACAAAGAUGGUCUGAGUAUGCUGCACUGUGCGGCCCAGCGAGGCCACAUCAGAGUGCUGGAGUUCAUCAUGGAGGACCUGGAAGACAUCUGUCUCGACAGAGUUGACAAGUUAGGGAAGACAGCGCUUCACCUGGCUGCUGAACAUGGACAGUUUGAAGUGGUGGAGUUUCUGAUUGGAAUGGGCUGCACACAUGGUUUAAAGGACAAGGAAGAGAACACAGCCGUGCAUCUAGCAGCCAAGUGUGGGCACACUGAGGUCCUGCAGAAGUUGAUGGAGACCGGAGUGGACGUGGACGAGAGAAACAUAGAGGGUCUCACAGCGUUGCACCUGGCAGCUGAUGGAGGUCACUACGAGUGUCUCAAACUGCUGCUGGAGUCCGGCUGUAAUGCCAAUGCACUAACUAAUAACAAUAGGACCGCUCUCCAUUAUAUGGCUCAGCAUGGCUUUGACAGAGAAGCCCGUUUGCUGCUGGAGGCAGGAAUCAACAGAGAUGCUGUAGACAAUCAACACAACACAGCGCUGCACUUAGCUGUGUUCAACAACCACCCCGAGGUUUUACGGCUGCUUAUAGAUGCUGACUGUGACCUGGACAUGACUGACAGUAGACAACAGACUGCGUUGCACCUGGCAGCAGAGCAUGGCUGGCAGGACAUGGCUGAGAUGAUGCUGAUCUCUGGAGUUAACCUCAAUCUCACCGACAAGCAGGGGAAAAGGUGUCUGGAGGUGGCCGCCAGAGGAAACCAUGUCAUCCUGGUCGACAUGAUCAUCAAAGCUGACCGCUUUUAUAAAUGGGAGAAGGAUCAAAUGGGCAGUGAGCAGGACUCCUGGGUGGGAAAGCCUCUGAGCUUCAAGCAGGACCAUCAACCAGAGACGCAGCACCUCCGGUCGGUCCUGUGGAGCCUGGCCACCAAGCACCUGUGCCGCGGGGAGUGGAAGAUCCUGGCUCAACACUGGGACUUCAGCGAUGCACACAUACGAGCUAUAGAGCAACAGUGGACAGGUAUGAAAAGCUUCAAAGAGCAUGGCCACCGAAUGCUGUUAAUCUGGCUUCAUGGAGUGGUGAUGGCGGGGGAGAACCCGAUCAAAAGCCUCUACGAGGGGCUGGUGGAAAUCUCACGGACGGACUUGGCAGAGUGCAUUCGGCAGAAGGCAAAUGCAGAGACCAGCUCUCCCAAAAUGUGCUCUGCAAUGUGAUCAACACUGUGAGAGACUGCGAAGGCAACACAACACAACACAUCCAAGGUUUCAGUUCACUUGAGAACUUUAUUGAACUGCCCAGAACUGAGCCCAUGAAAAAAAGCUUUGUACUAUCCAUGGCAUGACUUGUUUACAUAUUCACACAGAGAUUAUACUGUGAUUGUUCUGAAUUUAGUUCACAGAGAAUUUAUUUUCUUUUAGGGUCAGGGAACAUGAUGGUUGUAAACCUGUGAAAUACCUGGUGAAAAUGUAAAAAUCCAUUUAUUUGUUGGUUUUAUUAAUGCAUGCAGUGAAUACCUGCUGGCACUACUCAUAUUGAAUUGUUUCUCAGUUAUCUGUACACUAAGGGCUUUUCAGCACAUUAUCACAUAUCAUUCAGCCUAAUAUAAUGUGAUGAUUUCUUCUGCAAUGUUUCACUAAGUUCCUCUUCCUCAAAGCUGCAUUGAGGGAUAUGGGGGGGUGGGGGGGGGGAGCUGGAAAUGACGUCACAGCCAAGUUGAAUACGUUCCAUUAAAACAUCUUGGAUUUCACAGUGGGGUUAGCUUUAUCAAGGUUAGCCAUUGUUAGCAAUAACAGUUGAUAACAACACAUUACGCUGUAUUUCUUUGCAUACAAACAGUGUAACAACAUGUCCAAAGAUAGAAGUUGGACAGGACUGUGUGUAAGACUGAUUUAAUGAGACACAAGUAAGACAGAAGAGCUAAUAAACUGUAUGUUACUACAGCUUUCACUGCUGUUGAUGCAAGGGGCAGCGGCAUGUUGGAUUUCUCGGGGUGCUGUGAGGUUCUCCGACUUUCCGAUUCGGAAAUCCGACUUCAAGGGGCGUUCCUUUUGAAAUUUCGACUUCCAAAUACAAAUGGAAUGCACCAUAAGUACCCAAACCACACUCCGAAACAAUUUGUUAUGGCUAAUAUGUUACAAAAGCAAAGAUUUGCCCACUUCCUGAGGCUUUGCAUUCCGUAGACCUUUUUCAUGGCAGGCAUUUUGACUCUGACUGACAGUUUUGAAGCUUGGGUCCAGCAUGGUAGCCAAUAGCCAUGGCCAUCACGCUCAGUGUUUCUAGAGCGGCUAAAUGUUCCCUUAUGCCUACCAUCUACUAGAAGACUUUGAACAGACUUUGAAAAGACUAAAGUCUGACACCAUCUCUUCAAUCUAAAGACAAUCAUCUCACAUCUAACUUUAAAGACUGUCAUAAUAUGUAAAAGACUGGAGAUCUUACAGGGUCACACAUUGCAAGACUACAACUAGAUACGUUUUGAAAAAUGUCACCAAGCUAGCUAGCUACCGCUAGCAUUAGCUGGUAACUUAAGGGAAAGUCAGUACCCGGAGGUCUGCGUUUAUCCACCGGUAAAACUCUCGUUGGAUGACGCACUUCAGAAGGGUUGAAAAUCUGCAACUUUGCCUCUUUAGCAUUUAGCUUAGUGGUGCCAUAGCAAUAAAAAACAACUUAGUUUUUUCAUUGGUUGUUGACAAUGUUCACAUGAUUUAACUUCACUACCAAGACUUCAAACUUACGAUAAUAUCAAACACGUUUGAUUUUGUCAGAACGUCAAGACGGGAAAAAGCCUGACUGGGACUGAGUUUCAUGACCACCUUACACCAAACGAUCGAGACGACGGGAGCGCCCCGACUAUAGCAAGACUCUCAGGAUUUCAUUCCGAUAUCGGAAAUUAGUCUGCGACAGUGGAAUCGCUUGAAAAGUCGUUUCAUUUAAGGUUGGCCAGGCUUUCAGUCGUUUUAAGUUGCCAUGUCUGCAUGCUGUAGCAUUUUCAUCAAUGCUAUCACAUUGGAUCCUGACACUCUUUUCUGACAGCUUCGCUGUUGCCUGGUUAAAUGUUUACAACACAUUCAUAACAUACAUAAUCAUUAUUUGUAUUUUUAUGUAAUAUUAGUAACAUUUAUUUCUACAUUCAAGUCUGCUUUUAUUUCAUAAACGCAUUUUUAUUUCAUGCCACUUUUUCUUUCCAUGACAAUGAUGUUGUCGCCGCCGUCUCACCUUUCAGCCAAUCUCAGCCCCCAGCCAAAGCAAGGUUUAGCCAACUAGCACCUGUUAGCUAGAGCAACAACAAUGCUAAAUUCUGAAUCAACUAUCUAACUGCUGCUGUAAAAAACCAGUACACAAACACAGAAACUAACGGCUAACUAGCUAGGCAGGGUUGUGAGCUUAUAAAGAAUAACAUUGACAUUGUUGUUGCCUUAGCUAACAGCAGCUAACUGGCUAAAUGUUGUAGAAGUUGUUGAACCUGCUAACCAAGAGAGGAAGGAGGCAUGUGAUGGGCUGAAGAAGAGGGGGUGGUUACUAAUAAGAGAAUCACCUUUAUAAGUGGCAUAAUGUAAUAUAAAAAAUACUUUUGAAAAUAGCAUUUUUACAUAAAAAUGUCUAUAAUGAGGUCAAAUGAUAUACAAUUUAAAAAAAAGAAGUCAUGAAAAUAAAUUAUAAAAUAACAUUUCAUAAUGAAUUGUUUCUUCAAUCAUUUCACAAGUUGUUGGUUCAUUUAUAUAUUUUACUCAAUUUAUUCAUAGGAUUAUUUAAUUCCCAGUGUCUUUUUAUUUAUUUGGUAUUGAACCCUUUGGAGCUCCAUACUAAACUUAGUUACUAUCCAUCUGUGGACACUAUUGGCACAUUUAAAAAGUAGCUCAAGACCCACCUGUGUAGACUUUCUUUUCCACUGUCCCAUUGUGUCACUGUCUGCUAUAUUCAUCUUUUAUUGUGAAAUACUUUGUGAGGUUAGCUCUAGGGCGGAGCUUUCUAAAUAAAUAUUUCCAGGGAGAGUGACGACACCAGCCGCGCAACGCUGCAGCUCUCAGACAAUAAAUACACUGUAGACUGCCGGGAUUGAAUCAAAUAAACACACAAGCACUUGGAAAUUUCCAGAUAUACGUACCAGCAGCUUCUUUAUUGCUCUUGUUUUUGUACUGUAUAUAUUGAUGUCAGGUGUUACACUGUUGUGGUUCCACAACAGCAGUCUUCUCUUUCUUUGUGGGGGGCAGGACUUCAGGCUCUGCACUUUCUGUCUUUGUGGCCUUACAUUUAUUUUUAUUGUUUUAUAACCAGUGUGCAGGUUAAACAUUCAUAAAACAUUCAGUUUGGGCCAUAAUUGUUUUCAGAGAGUGCAUAAUGACUACUUCAUUCCAUUAGUACUAGCAACAUUCGGCGACAGUUUAACCAGGUUAAAGUAUAAAUUAUAAUAAUAAUAAUUAUUAUUAUCUAAAGCACAAUUGGGAAAGAAAAGACAGCUCUGUGUUGACAUUAUAACUCACGUUGUCUGUUGUUAACAUCCAUUAGAUUGUGCAGUGCUAAGUAUUGGUUAAACUUGAACCUACUGUCCUUACUACAGUUGUGCACACACAUGCUAUAGACUGUAUACAUGGCGCAUAGAGUUUAAUAGAGCAAAAAAACAAACUUUAAAAUGGACAUUUUUAAGUUUAACUUCACUUCCUAAUUAAGCACCUUAAGGGGUCGCAAGAUGUUUAUGUUUGGCAAUAUGAUUAACAGGAGCAAUACUUUUAUGACACACAAAAUUAGUGUAUGUAUUUUUUGUUCACAUUUGCCUAACGUUUCUUUAUUUUCCUGUGAGUUACUGGAUAAUUUUGGUUCUUCUGUGAGUAUGUUAAGAGUUUUGUUGUCAAGCAGCUGAGUUCUAAAUCAUAUGUGCAGGCAUGGUAUAACUAAAGGUGUGUUUGCAUGGGUUGAAGACAUUUUCAUUUUUUUUAAAAAGACCAGCUGGUCCUCGAAUAGAAAAAAUUGCGUAAAGAUUACUUUUUUCCAAGAUCAAUGCAAUAACUAGAUUCUUCUACACCAAUGCAAAUUUAUUUUGUAUAAUUCAUGUAUACACUUUUAAUAAAACUAUGUAUGUGACAUUUUCAUAAAAUCAAUAAAAA